UACUCGGCGCUCCGAUCUGUCGGCGAAAAGGAAGAUUGUCACGCUUUCUUUCUAUGUUUUCUAUUUAUUACGUGUAGCAAUUAAGAAAAAACAUUUUUUCUCAUAUUCUUUUUAGAAUUUCACUCUAACUCUAAGACAAUACUAACAAGAUGAGUACUAUAUUAGAGAAAAUUGCCGCUAUCGAGUCUGAGAUGGCUCGGACACAAAAAAAUAAAGCAACCGCGCUUCAUUUGGGUAUUCUGAAAGCAAGAUUAGCUAAAUUGAGACGAGAAUUAAUUACUCCUAAAGGCGGUGGCGGCGCUACUGGUGAAGGUUUCGAUGUUGCCAAGACUGGAGAUGCUAGAAUUGGUUUUGUAGGAUUUCCAUCAGUAGGGAAGUCCACUUUGCUCUCUAACCUCGCUGGGGUGUAUUCAGAAGUAGCGGCAUAUGAAUUUACAACAUUAACAACUGUGCCAGGUUGUAUCAAGUAUAAAGGCGCUAAAAUACAGCUUCUUGAUCUUCCUGGUAUUAUCGAAGGUGCUAAAGACGGCAAAGGUAGAGGUCGUCAAGUGAUAGCAGUCGCCCGCACUUGCAGUCUCGUAUUCAUCGUGUUAGAUGUCCUCAAGCCAUUGCAGCACAAGAAACUAUUAGAACAUGAGUUGGAAGGCUUCGGGUUGCGGUUAAACAAACAACCUCCAAACAUUCAUUUUAGGAAAAAAGAUAAAGGAGGAAUUAAUUUGAAUAUUACUUGUCCGCAAUCAGAACUGGAUAUAGAGGCAGUAAAAACAAUCCUAUCGGAAUACAAAAUACAUAAUGCAGAUAUCACUCUCCGAUACGACGCGACCAGUGACGACCUCAUUGAUGUUAUUGAAGGAAACAGGAUUUACGUUCCCUGCAUUUAUCUGCUUAAUAAAAUUGAUCAAAUUAGUAUCGAAGAACUAGAUGUUAUUUACAAGAUACCACAUUGUGUGCCAAUCUCCGCUCAUCAUAAAUGGAAUUUCGAUGAUUUAUUGGAAAAGAUGUGGGAAUAUUUGAAGUUAAUUAGAAUAUACACAAAGCCUAAAGGACAAUUACCUGAUUAUAAUUCCCCCGUUGUACUACAUGCUGAGAAAACUAGUGUUGAAGACUUCUGUAACAAGCUGCAUAGGUCUAUUGUGAAGGAAUUUAAAUAUGCGUUAGUGUGGGGUUCUUCUGUGAAGCAUCAGCCGCAGAAAGUUGGCAUAGAACAUAUCCUGGCAGAUGAAGAUGUUGUGCAAAUUGUUAAAAAAGUUUAAUAUAAUAAAGUGAUUAUAAAACAAAAAUUGAUAUUUUUGAAAAUAAGUGAAGUACGGCAAAAUAUAUACUAAGGGUGAGUUGCACCAUAUCGCCGGUUACCGUUAAAGUUAAA